ACUUAUCUCUCAGCUGUCAUUACAAUUACAAAAUAUAAAUAUCAAAGAAAUCUACUAUUUUACGAUAAAUAUCAAUAAAUACAAAAUAAAUUUGUAAUCCGUGUAUAAUUUUUGGGAUAAAUAAUAUGCACAUGAUUAUUUUAUCUUAGUGGAAUAGGUAGUGAAAGCUGUGCUAGAAACAUUUGAAAGCAUCUACAAUACUUGCAAUUCAUUUUGAAGAAAAUUUCGGUACUAAGUUUUUAAUAAUAUUAUAAUUAUUCAAUUAACCCUUCAUUCCGUCAGUUUAUGUACCUCUAUCAUACAUCGUACUCGAUACUUCUUAAUAAUUUGGUGGUAAAUAAAAUGGUGAAAGUAUAAACGGGAAGGUAUACUUUAUAUUAAUAUUUUAGUCAACUGAUGUGCAAUGCAAGUUACUUAAACUGAAAAUGGAUGGUGAUAAAACUGCUUUAGUGGAAAAAAUUAUAAAAGAUUUAAAUGUUGCUCUUAUGAAAACAUCACAGCUGUAUGCCUUUGAUAUUGUCCCUGUUGAUACAAAUUUUAGAAACAAAUCACCAGUUAUUUGUUUAGAAAACUGCCUAGGUAUAGAGUCUUGGUGUGUGAAACAUGUUUAUUUCUAUAGUCAUACCAAAGUUAUGGAUUAUAAUUGCUCUAAAGGUAAAUGGAAACAUCAGAAAGUGUUUACAAUGGAUGCAAAGAGAUUGACAGAGUUACUUAAUGUUGCUCUACUUAUUAAUCCAGAGCUAACUUCAUUCUGGAAUAAGAGGAGAAUGCUAUUGCAGCAAUCAUACUUAAACAUAAUGUCAGAGUUGAUAUUUUCAGGAUUAGUCUUAUCUCGCAAACCAAAAUGUAAUGAUGCUUUUGCUUAUAGAAGAUGGCUGAUAGGUAUACUUUUUAAAGAAGGUGUAGCUGAUAACUUUUUGGAAAAUAUCAUAAAUGAAGAGCUCAGAGUAUGUGAACUUGCGGCAGAUAAAAGUCCAAAUAAUUAUCACUGCUGGAGUCACCGAUCAUGGCUCUUUGACCUUUUAAGAAGUGAAGACAAACAAAAUAAUCAUAACACCUUAUUUAUUAAAGAGUAUUGUUUUUCAGAAAAAUGGACAUCCAGGCAUGUUUCUGAUUUUAGUUGCUUCCACUAUCGUCAAUUUUGUAUCAAGAAUUUGGCUUAUAUAAAUGACACUUUCUGGAAAGCCCUUGAGAGUUCCAUAGAUAUUAAUCUUCGUAAACUUCUCGUCAGACAGCUGGUGACUAACUUGCCAAAUAAUAUGACAGUUGAAGUUUCAGAAGAGGAUUUACUCUCUUAUUCUGAAGAGAACCUUAUGAAUUUACUUCUAUCUCAUAGUGCUAAGAAUUGUAACUGCAAUGUAAAUAGUGUAUCCUCUUGUAGAAAGCUGGAAGUUUUAAGUUAUGAAUUAUCUCUGAAUAAUGAGCUAAUAGAGUUUUAUAAGUGUCAUGAGACACUGUGGUAUCACAGGCGAUUCAUUUUACAUGAAAUGAGUGCUGUGAUAUAUGAUCACUUUGGAAUGGUUAGACAUAAUGGAAUGCUUAUGAAGAAUAGUUGUAAAUAUUGCAGUUUAAAUGAUAAAAGACAAAAACAAGCCAAGAUAUCACAAUAUGACAGCAACAGUAUUUAUGGAAGCAUUCUUUUUAGUGUGAUACUAAAUCAUGAAAAAAAAUUUAUUAAGAAACGGGUAUUGGAGGGAGAUAAUUAUGCAGGAAGACAUGAAAAAUAUAUGAAAUUUGUUGAGGGUCUCAAUAAUGUUAUGUAGAAUGUACUGUUAUUUUGUGUACACAAUUUAUAUGUAAUCAAAUUAAAUAAUAUAUUAAGAUGUGUAUAAAACUCUGUAUAAUGUAGAAAUAUAAUUUUUAAUAUAU